AUUUUUUCCAUUUUUAAGCCUAUUUUAUUCUUCAAUCAUUUGUCUAUAUCUUCAUUAUUUGUUGAUUACUAAUGACCUAAAAUUGAGAAUAACAACUUUGGUGUCCAAAUUCUCAUAUUUCAAAUUCCAGACCAAGUGCUUAACUUUGAGGUAAUUUAACUUAAUUCUCUACUUGGAACAAAAUGGGUUAUUGGAAAACAAAGGUUCUACCAAAGAUUCAGAAGGUUUUUGGGAAAGAUGUUGCUAAAAAAGCUGCUGCCGUAGAAGCAUGCAAGUCUUUCAAUGACUCCAAGGAGGAAGUAUCCAAGGAAUUUGAAGAGAAGAAGGCAGAGCUACAGCUAAAAGUUGUGGAAAUCUAUGAAAAAUCAGAUACUGAAAUCCAGACAUUGGUAAAAGAUCCCAAAGAAGCUGAUCUCAAGAAGCAUUCAGUCAAAGUUCAAAAGUUCCUUGAUGAACUUGUUAAAAUUGAAUUCCCAGGAUCCAAACUAGCCUGUGAGGCAAGUUCAAAGUUCGGUCCAGCUCUCGUUCCAGGACCGAUAAUCUUCGUGUUCGAAAAGGUGUCGUGUUUUAUAGUCACAGAAGACAAAACCAGGGAAAUACAAGUCGAACCAACAGCAUCCGAACCAUCAGAACCAACCGAAACAAGCAAGCCUGAUAAGGUCGAGACUGCUGCUCCUGCUGACACCGUGACACCAAAGGAAGUCGAUCCUCCUAAGGCCGAGACUGCAGCCGAGGAUAAAACCGUCACUCCUAAGGAAGACGAUCCUCCUAAGGCCGAGACUGCAGCCGAGGAUCAGACCGAGCCAGCUAAGGACCAAGACCCACCUAAGGAGCCUGCAGAACAACCAGCAAAGGCUGAGUAAAUCAGUUUCACUAUUUUGUACAAAAAUUGUAUAAGUGUAAUUUCUUAUACUGUUUUUUGAUUGCUAUUUUUUUGGGUUUGUCAAAUUGCAAAGUGCAAACAUUCUUAUGCUUGUGAAUCAUUUGUCAAGAUCACUUUUUUCUUCAUCAUAGUGAAAAUGUAAUGAAAAUAUUAAUAUUGUGAAUUGUGACAUAUAUAUCUUCACCGUUA